CAGGGUUAAUAGGUCAAUCUAGCAGAAUAAGGUGAGUCUAUAGCCACCUAUGUAGUACAUUAUUCAUGAGAAUGCGCAACUGAUGAACUUCUGUGACAGGACCAGAAGAUGACGUGUCCACGUGACAAGAGAGGGCGGGUCGUGAGAAAAGUAUUUAUUCAGAACUCACUGCCAUCUCCUGUAGGACUCAAGACCUUCUUACAGACAAUCAAGAGCCAUCUCUACUCACAUGUUCACCAGUUCGAGUUACAGCCAGAAAGUUAUAACUGUUUGGAAAAGUAAACCUGGUAUUUUAAUCAGUCAAAGACUUCCAGAGUCAUGUUCCAAACACCGAAGCUGUGGCUGUGGAUAGCAGUCUUAUCCUGUCACCUCAUCCACCGGGUUGCGUCAAGGACUCAGCCUCAUGUGAUCAUGAUCAUGAUUGAUGAUCAGGGUUACAACGAGCGCAGCUCACGCAACCCCGAGUUUCGGACACCCGUCAUGGACAGACUGGAAUCCCAGAGCGUGCGUCUGACCCGGAUGUACAUGCAGCCAUCUUGCAGCAUGUCACGGGCGGCCUGGAUGACCGGACGCUACCCUCACACGAUGGGCAUCGAGCAGCCCUUUCAAGGGUAUGAUAACAGGUCUAUACCUGUGGAUAUCAAGCUACUUCCACAGUACCUUAAGGAUGCGGGGUACCUGACAUAUAUGAUUGGCAAGUGGCAUUCAGGUAUGUGUAGCUGGAGCAUGGCGCCAACCAGACGAGGUUUUGAUGCUUUCUCGGGCUGUCUCUUUGGCAACGGCGAUCAUUUCUUCCAAUUUAAGGGUAAUCCGUACGAUUUUUGGACGAACGAAACAUUGGAUCGUUCAGUGAGUGGACAAUACGACACCGAGGUUCUAACACAACGAACUAUCGACGUCAUCAAGGAACACAGGACGAGCAGGACGACUCAACCUUUUUUUAUUAACCUGGCCUACAAGGCCAUACACGUCCCCAUAACGGUGCCGGAGUACUACAGCAAGAGAUGUUCCCACAUCAACGACACCCUGCUCAGAGAUCGCUGUGGCACCAUGGCUGGGGUGGACGAUGGCAUCAAGAACAUCACCGACACCUUGGAACAACUUGGCUACAUGACAAGCCACUGCUGUUGA